UUAUUGAGGCUUAUUGUUGUAUAUUUUCCUUGAUUUUUCCCUAUACUUUUUCACUGAUGUCUGGAAUCUGAGGGAAGAUUACAUAAUUUAUCUAAUUGUGAGACUGGGAAGCAGUGUGCUGACCAACCUCAACAAGUGAUUACAUAAUUUUAAAAAAAAGUAAAAUCACAGUUUAUCAUUUAUUUAUUGCCUAUCCGUGGUUCUGUUUGUAAUUUACAGUGUCUUAUGUUUCACACAUUGGGUUUUUUUAAUGUUCUCUUAAAGUACAGUGGAGACUCCUUGCAGUUUGGUUGUUGUUUCUUCAUAGCUUUAUGCUCAAGUGAUUUCCUUUAAAUGCUUUGUCAUAGUUCUGUGAGACAUGUUUUUCAAGCUUGUACUCGUUUCUGCGGAACCACAGGUCAAUACUGCAUUAGGUGGCAUUGCGUAGUUGCACCAAAAAAGGAUAAAAACUACUUGAGUCAGACAAUAUAGGUACAAGAUGUCAAGUGUGUUAGUUUGGGUCACGGCUGCAUCUCACAGAAGUGCACAAUUGUCACAUCAGCCCUUGAUCUUAUAGGUUCUCCCAUAGUACUUGUAGGAGAAAGGAUGGAAACCUUAGAUAGAAACAAAUGACAUUCAUUUUAUCCUCAAAAUGCAGUCCCGUAAAUCUGACUUUGGAGCUUCUGCACUCAGAUUUUAGAACAUUGUGGCUUCACAAUCCAAAGUGCUGGCUCAGUGUAAAUUGACAGGGCUCUCUCAGAGCUGUUCAGGUAACUUCGAUGGGAUCUCUGCAAGCCAGGGUGCUGUGUUAGCAGCACUGUGUGUGACAGGGGACAGCACACCUCAGGAAGCUAAAACUGGCAAGGACAUCCUUGGUCUGGGCAAGCUUGUCUCGAGGAGGAGCUACAGAGGUUGGAGUGUUGUAGUUGAGAGCUGAGAAGGAUGAGGGUGAGCCAUAGAAAAUCACUCAUACAAUAGAGUAGGGUUGCAAAAGACAAAAAGCAGCCACUAAUGUUGAGAGCACGCACAUUUAUAGAUGAAAGUGCAUGCAUUUUGGAUGUCAGUAAGUUGUUGAACAUGUCAAUAGUGGGGUUUAUUUACAAACCUUUUGAACUUUGAAUAUAUUCAUGCUGUUGCUCUGAGACUGCUUUUGCUCAAGGUACGGAAAACAUCAGUAACUGCGGUAUUUUGGAGUUGUGUCUCAAGGAUACAGCAGUAUGGAAAUGGUGGCAAUCAGAUGAUCAGUGAAAAUGGGUGUAUCUGUAGACAAAGCUUUAGAAAGGAUGCGCCCUUAUCUGUGUGAUAAAAUCAUAGCUGAGAGACACUUUGAUUACCUACGUUCUAAGAAAAUUCUCACUAGGGAGGACACAGAAGAAAUUUCUGCUCGAUCUUCCAGUAGGAAGAAAACUGGGAAGUUACUGGACUACUUAGCAGAAAAUCCAAAGGGACUGGAUACUUUGAUUGAAUCUAUCAGACGAGAAAGAACACAAAACUUCCUGUUGGAAAAGAUAACUGAUGUAGUGUUGAAAGUCAAAAAUGAAAAGCUUGAAGCUCUUAAAGGUUUAAGCUGCAGCACCUGCAUGACCUCACUGUAUGGAGGAACAAAUAAUCUUUCUAGAUCAUUUUCUGAUGAAUCAAAUUUUUUGGAUAAAACAAAAGACAAAGAAUCCACCCAGAUACAUCACCCAGAAGAAGAUUAUAGCACGGCUGCAUUUGUGUCUGCUGUCUCUCUUCAUUCAAUGAAUUUACCAAUUGCAGAGAUGGGAAAUUCACAGUGCAGUGUUUUCUCAGCCACCCUGCCAGGGCCUGGAGACCCUGGUGCACCUCCACUGCCCCCAGAGCUCCAGUCAGAGCAGCAAGAGCCAUGUACUAGUUCCAGUGACAAUUGCUUUUUGCCUCUAAGAUCACGUUCUGUUCAACCACAGUGAACGCAGUGACUUUCGUCUGUUCAUCCCAAUGGUACUGAAACUUCGUGUGAUGUCUCAUAAAGGCUAAACAACGUUUUCAAACUGUUACAAAAAUUGGAGGAAAUAAUCUAUGCAAUUUCUGAUUUAAUUUUGUAAUUGUGUGAUGCUGGAGCUGCUUGACUUUUUGUGUUUGUUUUGUUCUUUAGGGAGCUUUUCCCGAACAAUUGUGGUGUUAUACCAGCAAAUGUUGGUUUUUAAACCAAUGUGUAUAAGAUUUCAUGUUUAGUUGCAGAUACUUUAGCUGGAAUCAUAGAACAAAUGGUUUUUUUCUUUCUACAGAAACUAAUAAAUCAGCUUUUCUUAAUGUUUCUGUGAUGAGUGAACUUAGAAAGAGGGUUAGGAAGAGUACUGAGUAUGGAAAAAAAAUCUGAACUGAAAGCUUAAGUUUACUUACCAAAAAGCUUAAACUCAGUUAUCAAGUUAAAUGUUUCUCACUAGGAUAAAUUCUGCUCUCCAUGUAUGUGUGUGCUGCUCCAUUUGCAAAAAAAACCCUCACAAAUGUGGCCAAAUCCAUGCUUAUUAGCAAGGAGUCUCUUCCUUGUGUGAACUUUGUCCUACUGGUAAAAAGGCAUCAGUGUCGCUAAUGUACUUCUGCAGGCCUUGGCAUAUUCUGCUUGUAUAUUAGUUAAAGAUUCCUGAUUUGAGAUGCACUUUACAUAUAAAUUCUCUUUAGUAGUGGGAAAGGAAUGUAAACUGCUGUAAUGGCAUCAUGAGGGCUGUAAGAAAACAUCAUUGUAGGAUGCUGUUAAGGAAUAAAGCUUGUAUGCUUUGUCCAGGGAAGAGGAGGAGAAGUUGUGUGACAAGAAAGUAUCUGUACCUGAAGGGUUCUUGGAAAUGGCACUUCAAAUACCUCCUCUUCAAAGCAGACAGACAGGUUUACAUUUCAAAUUGUUUAGAGUCAAAUGCAUUUUAAACUGUUUCAGCAUGGGAAGGUUCUCAUUUCUUGCCACCAUGUAACAUACUGUAUUCCUCUCAUACAUAAUUGUACCUUUUGUGCAGGUGCCUAUAAUCAUUUCAAAGUGACCUGGGGGAUUCUUUUUGACAUGUGUACAGUUGUUUUCUGCAGUACUACACUUUAAAGUGAUGGGAUGUUUUCAGUAUAUCGAAAAGUAGGUUUGUAUUUAAGGCCCUAAAUUAUUUUGGCUCUCAUAGUGUGUAUAGCCAUGUAAUGCCAUAGCAAUGCACACCCAGGUAAUAUUACUGAACUCCUCUCCUUUUGUGGAGACAGGCCACCUGCAGGACCUCAGUAUAGUCUCUAUUAAUUGUUUUUCAUUAUUAUUCUGGUUUUGGAAGUAGAUUAAAAACAAAUGCAAUGUUCAACUACACUCUGUCCUGAGUAUAUGAACAUUUUACAUGUGAGAAAGAUGUGGUUAUAAAAAUCCUUAUUUUUCUUGUCUACAUCUACAAUCAUGGACUGUCCAAACAGUGAAAAUGCUUUUCAAUGAAACUGCUUCAAUUAGAUGGCACUCUGGAAAUUAAGUGCCUAAAUAUGCAAGCCAAACUUUGCUCUUUAACAUGAAACUAAGGUUAGGGUGAACUCCCUCUGUUCCACUGACUUGAAUUGUAGUUGCACGUACUUGAGGCGUCUGAAAAGUGAUUUGUCUGAAUGCCCAUUGUAACCACUUUUAAGGGUUUUUUUCAAGUUUUUAAGUUUAAGUUUUUUAAGUAAGCUGUGCUUACGCUUGAGUCCCUUCCUGGGUUCCUGUAAAGAGAGCAGAAUGAGCAGGAUUUGCCUUAACAGAAAUUGCAUCAGCACAGGGUGGAGGCUGCCUUGCUGCUCCCCAUCCUGCCCCGUGCAGUGUGCAGCCUGCAGGGAGCCAACUCUGCAGAUCCACUCCCAGUGGAGCCUACAAACCUGAGACCUUGAAUGAAUGUAUUAUCAAACCAAAUGUUUGUAAUGUGCCUUUUUAAAACAUAUUUUUAUCAUAACUUUUGGAAUAAAUUCUUUUGUAUAAUU